AUGGGGCUGCUUGCUGAGUCAAAGUCGCGCCGGAGAAUCCAGAACGAUCCCAACAACACAAGAUGGACUCGCGACACCACCACCUUUGGCCAGAAGAUGCUGAGAUCGCAAGGCUGGGAGCCUGGCCAGUUCCUAGGAGCCAAAAAUGCGGCGCACUCCGAGUACCACACCGCCGCGAAUGCGUCGUAUAUCCGAGUAUCGCUCAAAGACGACAUGAAGGGUCUCGGAUUCAGCAAAUCGAAAGAGGACGAGGUGACCGGUCUCGACGUCUUCUCAGACCUGCUGAGUCGCCUUAACGGAAAAUCCGAGGCUGAAGUAGAAGAAAAGAGGCAAGCUAGGUUGGAGGUGAAGAUGCACCAGUACGUGGAGCAGAAAUGGGGACCUAUGAGAUUCGUGCGAGGAGGCUUGUUGGUCGGCGAUGCCAUGCAAGAGGACAGCGACAGCUCAGACGAAUCAGAAAGUUCUACGGCGGCAGAUGACAAGAUACCCGCGGCUACCAAGGAGUCGGAGAAGGAGAAAUCCAAGAAGAGAAAGGCUACGUCACUUAAAGAUGACGACGAGCUGUCUGAGGAUGACGAAGUUGAUGAGAAGAAGAAGAAGAAACAGCGAAAGGAAGAGCGAAGGGCUAAAAAGCUGGCCAAAUCCGAUUCAAACCAGUUCAGCGAUUUAGAAAAGGCCAAGAAGAAAAGGGAGAAAAGGGAGAAGAAAGAAAAGAAGAAGUCAAAGAAGGGCACAGCUCUGACUAAAGAGGAGGGCGACGAAGAUGCCAUGGAAUUGGAUGACGCGUUGAACAACUCAUCAUCAACUUCAAAUGGUGGUCCAGAAAAGUCAAAGAGCUCUAAGAAGGACAAAAAGGACAAGAAAGAGAAGAAGGAUAAGAAGGAUAAGAAGGACAAGGACAAGAAGAAGCGAAAGAAGAGCGACACAUCUGAUACGGAGAUGCCCGACGCCUCGUCUGCCGCAGCAUCGCGUUCAGGGACAGCUACUCCAAUCACCACGGGCACAUCAACGCCUAGAGGCGGGUUUGUUACUCCUCGGUCCCGGUUUAUUGCUCAGAAGAGAGCUGCAUUCAUGGAUGCUCAAGCAUUGAAUCAGAUUUUCAUGGUGAAGGCGUAA